UAGCGCUUUUGUGCGACCUCAGAACAGCUGCCAACAUGAGAAACAGUCUUUGAGCCCCCUUCUGUCCGAUUCCCUUUCCUGCAUCCUCAUGACAUCGUUCAUCAUUAGUGCACAUACUAACCGCAGUAUACCUACAGAAUGGAGAGACGACGCGGACCGUGAAUGUCCAUUCUGUCGUAUUAUUGCUGGCGAAAUGCCCUCGAUGCGUGUGUAUGAGGAUGAUAAGGUCAUAGCCAUCCUAGAUAUAUUGCCUUUGAGACGAGGACAUACCCUUGUUAUACCCAAAGCCCAUUAUUCGCGUUUGUCAGAAUUACCCCCAGAUUAUGCCGGUGCGGUGGGACAGGCUGUAACAAAAGUGGCGAAUGGACUAACGAAAGCAUUGGGUAACACCGCACUAAAUGUGGUGUGCAAUCAGGAGUAUGCGCAAGCAGUACCACACGUUCACUAUCAUAUCAUUCCUGCUCCGUCAUUUAACUCGAGUGCAGGAGUCAAUGCGUUGGAGAAAGCGAAGGAGGGUGAGAUACCUUUGAGCCGGCGGGAGAUGCACCAGCGGGAAUUUGAGUCGAGGGAGGAGCUCGAUGAGGAUGAAGGGAAGGGUCUGGCUGUGAGGAUACGAGCCAGUCUAUAACGUGGAAGGUGUUGGAUUCGGGAUCGAAGUCCGAGCCGGAGACGUCGGCCGUCAUUUACUAUUGCAUAAAGUGCCAUUUCCUAUGCUACGAAGUUUUCAUCCUAUCUCUAUGCUAACUACGAUCAAGCUACGAAGUCCGAACAUCUCAGUUCUUAUCGAAGACUGAGAUGUAAGCCCUAUGUUCCCCGUCACUCAGUAUAACGAGCUAAUAUACCCCGUAGAAUGUAUCUGUCUUAAACAGGUAGUCCAGCCGUAUAGCGCGAGUUCUUAUCGAAGACUGAGAUAAUAUAUUUGUCUUAACAGCU